AUGGCAUUCCGUUUCAAUUGGCCUGAAUUCGACGCUGCAUUCUAUGACGAGGCGCGCUCUCAAUUAGAAGCUGCCCUGAACAAGGGAAACAAGCCAAAGAACAUUGUAGACCAUAUCACUGUCAAAGAACUUCAUAUGGGCACGUCCCCACCCGACCUUGAAAUUCUCGAAGUGGGCGACCUAGCAACCGACAAGUUCCGUGGAAUCUUCAAGUUGACAUACGCAGGUGAUGCCUACAUUGUAGUACAAACAAAAGUGCAGGCCAAUCCAAUGCAUGCCAAGCAUACAGAUUUGGCGCGGCAUAUUCGACCCGGUAUCUUGGCUGCGGAUAAACCAUUGGUGGUACCCAUGUUAUUGCGUAUUAGCGAUCUCAAGUUACGAGGCAUUGUUGUCCUGGUUGUCUCAAAGACAAAAGGCAUCACGUUGGUGUUUAAGAAUGAUCCUUUGGAAAGCAUCCGUGUCAGUUCAACAUUUGACAGCAUCACGAGUAUACGCAACUUUUUGCAACGCGAGAUUGAAAAGCAAUUACGCAACCUUUUUCAAGAAGAUCUUCCGGUGAUGAUCCACAAUUUGAGUUUGCGAUACUUGCAAAAGGACACAAAGGAUGAAACAGCCUCCACCACCACCACAGCAGCAGCGGGUCCUCCUUAUUCACCACGUUCGAUGCCCGAUUUACGUUCACCACCACCCUACAUGUCUCCACCACCCACGUUUAGUGAUAUCUACCACCCAUCGCAUUUACCAUUCGAUCCACUUUCGGUUGCCGAUCUCAACGACUUGUACAGUCGACGUUUCCAAGCAUUACAUGAUGACGAGCUCUUUUCAGAUGAUGGCAUGACUUCCUCAUUGAAUGGAUCUUCGGUCAACUCGGCUACCGUGGUUGCUGAUAUGUAUGCUGAGGAUGCCGAUGUGCCGUGGUAUGUUACUGAGGGACCCGAGUUACCUUCUACCAACACGGAUGAUCAACCUUUGGUGAUGGCCAUGGAUCAAGAAAUCGUUGUGGACCCAAGUGAGAAUGGCCUUGCUGCUAAAUUGGCCCAAUUGACCAGUGUCAAUCAUACUCUAUCACCCUUUGCAUACACCAUAGACCAUGCCACAUUUCGUAGUUUACCGCAUAUUGGCAAAAAGGUGGGCCCGAUAUCCAGGAAUAAGAAAAUACCUCGACGACGUGUCAUUCGACUUCGUAUGUCUGCUCCCCCAGCAACAACAACAACCUCUUCUAUCCAAGAUCCAUCAUCAUCCACUAGUAUCCAAUAG